AUGUCAACAGGUUCAUCUCCAUUUGUUGAUCAUAAAUCAAAUAAUAGUACCAUCAGCAUCAACAAUAAUAGUAGCAUACUAAAUGAAAGCUCAAUUUCCAAGGCAUAUGUUUCUAAAUUAGAAUUCCAAUUGGAUACCAUCAAGACUGAAAAUCGUAUUCUUCAACAAGAAAAGGAUCAAAUAACAUCAGAUUAUCGAAAAAUCAUAGAUGAAAAGAAUCAAGAACUUGAAAAUUUGAAAUUAAAUUUUAAAUAUGUUUAUGAUGAAAAAAAUCAAUUAGAAUCGAAAUUAACUAAUCAAGAACAAGUUUCUACCAAUAAUAUAAAUCAAUUAUCCGAUGAAAUUCAAACUUAUAAACGAGAGAAUUUAAAAUUAACUAAAGAUUAUAAUUCAUUACUUGAUAAAUUCAAUAAACUCAAUCGGAAAAACCAACAAAUUAUGCAUGAUUUGAAUAAAGAAAUUGAAGUAAAUGAUAAAUUACACCAAGAAUUGAAAAUUAAAGAGAAAACAAAUCAAGAAUUACAAAAAGCUAGUGAUACAGCAAUCAAUGAAUUAGAACAAUAUUCUAAAAUAUUAGAUAAGAAAAAUGGAUCUGAUAAUCUAUUGUAUAAGAAUUUAACCACUAAAAGUAACAAUUUACAAAAUAUCAAUCAUCAAUUACAAAACAAGAUAGAUCAAUUAUUACAAAAUAAAACUUCUAAUGAAUUAUUGAAACAACAAAACCAAUCAUUAUUGCAUAAAUUACAGAAUUUGGAAAAUAUUGAAUCCAAAUAUUUACAAUUGGAAAUUGAGAAGCUUCAAUUAGAAACUAAAUAUAAUGAUUUGUUUAAGGCAUUGGAUACAGCUAUUGCCUCAUCAAAUGAAUAUAAAGAUAACGAGAACACCGAUGACACCAUUCAUACCAGUAAAGUAAAAAGUUUUAUUGAAUAUUGUAAUAAUCUUCAAGCUAAAAAUCUUACUUUACAAGAGAAAUAUGACUCUAAAAUAAUACAGGUGAAAGAAUUAACUAAAGAAUUAGAAGAUCACGCUAGAGAAAUUGAAACAGAUUUUCUUCCAACGAUUACUGAUUUAGAAUCUAAAUUAAAAGUAUAUGCUGACCAAAAUACCAAAUUGGAACGAACAAAAUCAUUACGUGAAAAGGAAAUUACAUUUUUAAGAAAUCUGUUGAAACAAAUGGAACAAAUUCAUGCUAAUCAACAACAUAAACAACAAGAGCAAGAAAAAGAAGAAAACACUGAAAAUAAAUCAAUUCUGCAAUAUAUGACCAAUUUGGAAAAAUUAGUUGAUGAAUACAAAACCAAGAUUGAUGAAUUAGAAAAGAAAAAUUUGGAAUAUAAUAAAUCAUCAAUUAUAACCAAUGAAAAAACCCCUUCUAAUAAACGUCAAAGAUUGGAAAGUAAUUAUACAUUUAAAACCCAAGCAAUUGAAUUGGAAAAAGAAAACAUUGAAAUAUCAUCAAAACUUAAACAAGCUGAAUCAACAAUCGAACAAUUGAAGUUUAAAAUAUCUGAAUUAGAUAAAGUUGAAACCAGAAAGGAACAAUAUCGUAUAUUACAAUUGAAAAACAAUUUAAUUUCUCAAGAUCAAUUUAUAAAACAAACAACAUUAAUUGCUCUUCGGAAAGAAAAUGAAGAAUUGAUUAACAAAUAUAUUAAAAAUUUACCUAUAGAAGAACAAAUACCAAAAGGUGUUUUCCAACGACAAGAAGAUGAUAAACAACGAUUACAAGCACAAAUUGAUCAUUUAACUAAACGAUCAACUCGAUUAAGAGAAGUAUUCACUAAGAAAAGUAAAGAUAUUAUCACAGUGAUAGCGAAAUAUUUUGGAUUUAUAAUUGAAUUUUUACCUAAUCCAAUAAAUCCUACCGAUCUAUUUUCAAGAAUUAAAUUAAGAUCAAGAUACAUUCCUAGUGAAGAAGAUUGUUAUUUAAUUAUUGAUGUUGAAAAUCGUGGAUUAAAAGCUCAUGGAAAUUUCCAAUUUAAACAAAUUUGUGAAGAAUUAGCUCAAUAUUGGGUCAAUGAAAAUAAUCAAUUCCCUUGUUUAUUAAGUGCCGUUAAUUUAAAACUUUACGAGAUAUACGCCUCUAAAUAA